AUGAUAAAAUUGAAAAGCAAAAAACCAGUCACACAAAGUAAGGUUAUAAGGACCACCACCAUAGACAACCAACUAGAUGCCACAAGAAUUAUCUCAAAGGAAUAUCCAAAUUCCACUGUAAGAUAUUUUGGUAUCAAGAGGUCCUGCAGCCUUCAGCAUUCUGCUUCUGUUUCUGCUUCAUUUGAACGCUCCUGCAACAGAACUGACAUGGGGCUGGCCUUGGCCACCACCGCAUACUUUUCAUUCUCGAUUAUGAUUAGCGCUACCACCACCACAGCCGCCGCCACAAAAUCAACAUCAUUUCUCCGCCGUGGCCUUCAUUUCCUUUCAACGUCUUCCUCUCCUCUGCGACCUUCUCCUAGAAAAUGCAGUUUGUAUCCUUGGAGAUCAUCUAUAGAUAAUGUUGCUAGCCGAGUUUCAUGUAACCUGUUGAAAGUCGAAGAUGACAUAAAUGAUGAGGCAUGUGAGUUGGUUAAUGGAGUGGAAUUGUCAAUAGGUGAGGGCAUUGAUUCCUUCCGUGCUCAUCUCUUCAAGGCAGUGAAAAAUAAUAAUGGAACUGGCAUACUGCUUUUGUCUGAUGUUUUUGGGUUUGAAGAUUCAGCUACAAGAGACUUUGCAUAUCGCGUUGCAUGCAAUGGCUACAAUGUUCUAGUCCCGGACUUAUUUCGUGGAGACCCAUGGGCAAAAGACCAGCCAAUGACUACGUUUGAACAGUGGUUAGCAAAACAAGAACCCCAGAGGAUUGCAAUGGACAUCGCCACAGCAGCAAAAUGGAUGGCUGAUGAAUUUUUAGCUGUGGGAAUCUCAAAGAAGCUGGGUGUAAUUGGGUUUUGCUUUGGAGGAGGCCGAUUGAUUGAGGUGCUAUCUAGAGACCAAGGAGCUCGUUUUGGCAUCGGAGUCUCCUUUUAUGGUACAAGGAUGGAUCCAUCAGUAGCUUCCAAUGUAAAGGUUCCGGUAUUGUUCAUUUCAGGCGACAACGAUCCACUUUGCUCAGUCAAUGUUUUGAAAGAUAUCGAGAAGAUGAUUGGUCACGGGUCAAGGGUAGUUGUUUUUGAAGGGAGAGGUCAUGGCUUUGCCCAUCGUCCCAACUCGCCUGAAGAAGAUAGAGAUGCAGAGGAAGCUUUUGUACUCAUGAGAAAUUGGCUACACGAUGGUUUGGUCUUAAAAGAAUGAUCACAGGUCAAGCCCCUGCGAAUUCGUCAUGCUUGUCAAUUUGCUGCUUCUGCUGCUGAUGAAUAGGCUAAAAUUUUUAGGGAGAGCAUGAUGGAACAUCAAAGGUCUAAUGAUUUAGAUAUUUUGUGUGUGGAGUUCUGCAGAAUUCUUGCUUGAAUGAAAAAAAAAAAAAAAAAAACUAGAGGAAGUCAUAUACUUUGUUCAAAUUGUAGUAAUCCAAACUCCAAUGUUGUACUAACUGUAAAGUCCAGCAUGCACAUCUAUAUAUAUGAGCGAGAGCAAGUAAAUAACUCUUCGUAAUAAUAUUGGGAAAAACUUAC